AUGAAACCAAGUAAUGAUUUUUACAUUGAUUAACUUGGAUAAUACAAAGUAGAAAAUGCACAGUUAAAGUUGGAUAUUUUUUAGCAACAGUCUAAUUUUUAAUGUUAAUUGGAAAACGAAUAGCUAAAGUCCAAAGAAAUUUUAAAAGACUAUUAAAAACAAUUAUAAGAGCAUUAAAGGGAAAUGUAAACAUAUAAAUCUGUCUUUGAAAAGACCAUUAAUAAACUUAUGGAAGAAAACAAUAAAUUAUAAACAUAAUUAACCCAUGCUGAAAUUGAAAAAAUAUAAAUGAAUUUAUCAUAGUAGACUUUAUCAGAAUGUAAAUAAUGUAUCCACGAUUUGUCAAACCCCAAUAUUGACAAGGAAUCUUAUGAAUUGCUGUAAAAUACUAUUAAAGAAUAUAAAUUAAAAUUUCAAGAUAUAAAAGCAAGAAAUGAAAUUUGUGAAUCCAAAUUAAAAGCAUGUUAAGACCAAAUUUUGAAAUUACAGAUAUAAAUUAAGGAAAAGUCAGAACUAGAGGAUAAAGCCAAAGAAGUUUAGUAAAAGUAUUAGCAAUAGCUUUUAAAGUUGAAAGAAAAUUUUGAUAAACAAUCAAAAGAAUUAUAAUAAUACAUGGGUGCUUUAAAUGAUAUUACCAAAAAGCUUGAAGAAGAAUAAAUCAAGAAUGAUAAAUUAAAAUAAGAAUUUGAAUAGGAAAAAAAGAGAUUAUAAGAAGAAAAUAGAAGAAAUUGA